UCAGUUAUGUAUUACUCUUCAGUGGAAGAACUCCCUCCACACUGCACUGCAGUUUUGCCGCUUUUUACCAGCUGAGAACAAUUCAGGUGUGGAACAGCAAUAAUUUUAUAUAAUCCUUCUUUUAAAAAGCUUAGAGCAAGUUGACCAUGGCUGGAAAAAUGGCCCGAAACCCUGCGGACGAGCGCUUCAGAGGCCUCGACUUCGCCCACUCUCCAGAGAUGUUGAGGAUGUUCAACAACAUUUUUGGUCUUCAUGAGUUUCGGGUCAAUCAACUUGAAGCAAUUAAUGCCACAAUUUUGAAAGAAAAUGUCUUUGUUGUUGGUGGUAAUGGUGCUGGUAAAAGCCUGUGCUACCAGCUACCAGCCUGCUUGUCUGCGGGAGUCACUGUGGUGAUCUCCCCACUGAAGUCCCUCAUCCUGGACCAGAUCCAGAAACUCACAGAACUGGGUAUUAAGGCCAGGACCCUCUGGGGCGACCACGAUUACACCGAUGCAGAAAAUAUCUAUGAACAGUUGUCCGAAAAUGAUCCGAUGAUCAAACUGCUCUACGUCACCCCCGAGAAGGUGAGAAUGAGUAGUCCACUGAUCGAGGCUCUGCAGAGCCUGUUAGACCGAGGUCUUCUGGCUCGGUUUGUAAUCGAUGAGGCCCAGUGCAUCAGUCAGUGGGGCGACGACUUCCGGCCAGACUACGGGACGUUGAAUGAGCUGCAGCAGGACUUUCAGGGGGUGCCCAUGAUUGCUGUGUCAGGCCCCAUCGGGCCCCACAUCCAGGAGGACAUCCUCAAAAAGCUGCAGAUGACCAACCCUCAGGUGUUCACCAUGAGCUUUAACCGAACAAAUCUAAAGUAUGCCGUGCCGACCAGGACAACAAUGUAUGGGGAAAUGGACUGCAUUACCUGGAUCAAGGAGCACUAUCCACGUGACUCGGGCAUCGUGUACUGCUGGAGACGUGUGGUCUGUGAAUACAUGGCAGACAGCCUGAACGAGGCAGGCCUGCUGGCAUGUUCGUAUCACGCAGGGAUGCCUAACAGAGACAGAGAGAGUGCACAGAACAAAUGGAAAGAAAAUGAAUGCCAGGUGAUCUGUGCCACCGUAGCCUUUGGCAUGGGCAUCCACAAGCCAGACGUGCGGUACGUGAUCCACACCUUUCUGCCCAAGUCCAUGGAACAGUACCACCGGGAGUCAGGCCGGGCCGGCAGAGACGGGAACAUGUCCCACUGCAUCCUCUUUUAUUCCGACAGCGACCAUGGUGUCCUCGAACGUGCCAUCAGAAACGAUGAAUCUGUGGAUGAAAAAUCCAAGGAUGGGGAAUUAGUCAAACUAGAACCAAUGGUGGAAUACUGCUUGAAAAAGAAGGACUGCAGAAGAAUACAACUGCUUACUUACUUUGGUGGGGUCGACACUGAAGCCAACUUAUGCAAGAAAAACACAGAAACCAUCUGUGACAACUGCGAAAGAGACAAUACAGUGACGGACUGUCAUUCCGGCAAAGGCCAGAGGGGCCGCAGGCUCUCGUGGGCCAUUUGAGCCGGCCGGCCAAUCAGAGAGCGGCAUGAUAGUCACAGCCGUGCGGCCCCUUCACGCAAAUGGCAGCCCCAUAACCAGGGCCGUAGCCAGGAUUCCCCACACACACUACCUUGUUGCAGAUGAAACAUUUAUUUUAAACAAAACUGUUUAGUGUGUGUCUCUGCAUGAGUGUGUUGCUGUAAUCUAAAAUAAACAUAUAUAAAACUAAAA